AUGAAACUCUCGACUAAUAUCAUUCUUAUCAUCCUCUUAAUCAUUUCGAUGGUAUUUUAUAAAAUACAAUUCACUGAGGCAAGGCAGUUGAGGAAAACCGACGAUGGUCAUCAUUUCACGGCCGGUAACACUGAUGAUUUCGGGCCUACUUCUCCGGGUAAUAGCCCGGGCAUUGGUCAUAAGAUGAAGGAGAAUAAUGAAAGUGUUGAAGGGUUUAAAGAUGAGUUCAAGCCUACGACACCAGGUCAUAGUCCCGGGGUUGGACAUGGUGUCAAAAACAACGAGCCUAAUAACGCUUAG